AUGGUGGGCUCGGUGUUUUCCCGAGGGGGCAGAGAAAAUCUGGAAACCAAGUGUAACCACACUGGCCCCCCCCUUUCCCAUCUUAUGGACAUUCCUGUCUUCUCCAGUUCUUCGGAACCUUAUAGAAAUAUCUUUUGGGAAAACAGGAAGGCGUUGAAGGGCGCUCCUAAACCCAACAUUUCCUGCCUUUCACAAUUUGAUUUCAAUCGUGAUUUAAACUUUAAAGUUCCCAACCAGAGUAUCUACCUCAACCACACUGAACAGAUAUAUGAUUUAGGAGAGUAUGAGUUCAAUAACUCAUGGAUAAGAGUAUGUAGGUCAGAUAGGCACUGGACACCCUUUAUGAACAAGCUGUCAGCUGCACUUAUCUCCAUCUCACUAGUAUGCAUGUUCUUGCACCUGACCAUUUUCGUGGCCCUCCCCAAUAGGCGCAACAUUCCCAGUAUGAAUCUCGCUUCCAUGACUUUUUCUCUUUUAAUAGCUGAAUUUAUAUUUAUGAAUUUUUUUUACGUGAAGGAUAACUACACCGCUUGCAUCUUUAUUGGUGUUCUCAUUUAUUAUUUCUUAAGUGCAUCAUUUCUAUGGAUGAACGUCAUGAGCAUCGACAUCUGCAGAACUUUUCUCUCAAGAACAUACAAGUUGAAGUCUUGCGCAACAUUCAUCCAGUAUUCGAUAUAUGCAUGGUCAGUGCCGCUAGUUGGGUCUCUGACGGCUUCUUGUAGUCAAUUCAUUCACUUUGACUUCCUAUUAUCACCUCAGUUUGGAACAAACAUAUGCUGGUUCAACAACAUAUGGGGCCUAGCGGCAUUUUUCACGUUCCCGGCCGGGCUUGUGUUCUUCAUUAACAUUAUGUUAUACGCAGUGUCUGUGUACAAUAUAUACAUGCAGAUGAAGUCGGGAGAAUUUGCCUCGUCGACUGUACGCAAGAACAGCGGGCAGCAGCGAAGCGAUAAGAAGAAACCCAUUGCAAAUGAUAACAGUAUUGGAGAAAAUGACUCACCAAGAUGCGCUGAACGUAUAAAAGAAAGAAUUCAGAGGCGAAUCCAAGCCCACAAGAAACAACGAGUGCGGCUGGUACUGUACUGCAAACUAGCCCUUAUGAUGGGCUUGACCUGGGGAUUUUCUUUCAUAUCUAUUCAUACCAGACAUGUAGUCUUUGAUUAUCUAUUUAUUAUCUUUAAUGGACUUCAAGGAACAUUUAUCUUCAUUGCUUUCGACUGUAAGCAAAAACUGUGGAACGAAAUUCGUCAGAAAAUAUCUAGCAAAGAAACUUUUAUGAUGAAAAGUUCGAGUAUUUCAUCGACCAAGUCCACAACACAAGGGACAUCUUCAGGUGCUGGAACACAACCUCCAGGUGGUGGCUAUAGGUACCGCUGGUCUUCUAGUCUCCGCCAGGAUGGAAGGCACAAGUACUCUGCGGUGUCUGCUGACCCCAAGGAGCCGCACCUCUCGGACAACAAGAACGAAAGUGACGUUUAA